GUAUAUAGACUUGCUGGUGAUUCGUUUUGUGAACAGUAAAUAAAAAGGAGAUAAGCGUUCAUACACGCCAAUGUGUGGGAUGGAUAUGACUUCCGCCAGAACGACAGUCACACUCGAGGUUUUUUUUUCUUUUCCACUUUCAAAGCGGUUGCGACGUAUUUGAGGUCCUGUAACGUGACGGAACGGAAGAUGUUUGACGAGGAAGAAGAAGAUUAUGAAUUGCUGAGGCAAUAUGAAAAUGAGGAGCAAGAAUACACAAGUGAUGAGUUGGAGAGCGAUGUGGAGGAUCAGAUCUUGAGCAUGGUGCAGUAUGGAUCCGGUUUGAAUGGCACUGGCCAUAAACAAACGACGGAAGCCACUCAGUCUUCCGCGGGAAAGAAGGAUAAAGUCCAAGUUGUCGUCGCCAAUGAUGCCGCACCAAAGAAAUCUAAAAAUCAAAUCAAGCCGAAAUCGUCCGAUCUGCUACAACUUUCUUCAUCCGAGGAAGAUGGCGAAAUAGUCAGUGAUUCGGAUCAAGACCAAGAUGAGACGGCAGAUACCGAAGCUUCCGACGAGGAAAACGACAGUGUUGAAAUGGAGUUACCACAAAUACAACAACAGACCGGGCCACGCGUUACCCGUUACAUCGAUCUGGAUAUGGUGGGAGGGUCACGAUACAUGGAUGAUGAAGAUGAGGAAUCCGACGAAGAACGUGAGCUGAAUCAAAAACUUCAAAACUUGAUCGAUGACCAGAUUCAACACAGACAGAUGCGGAAAAGACCUCCCGUUAUUCGCUUAUGUCAUAUAUGUCUACAACCCGGUCAUACUCGCGCCGAUUGUCCCUUGUGUUACCGGUGUGGCGCUUCCGAUCAUCCUGGAAGUGACUGCCCAGGGCAUUUGCUGUGUAAUCGGUGUUUGCGCCGCGGUCAUUUGGAAAGGGAUUGCUAUUAUGAACGUGAAGAUCGUCCCUGCAAGUAUUGUGGUCUCUCUACGCAUUGCUCUAUGGCUUGUCCUACCCUCAUUCAUGUAUAUGACGAAGAUCCGAAGGCAACCGAGAAACCUGUAAAACCUUUUUGUUACUGCUGUGGGCAUCAAGGUCAUUAUGGUGAUGAUUGUAAAACGUUGCAUUACUCGCUUCGUCCACUUCACACAGUAUUUAGUGCGAUGAGUAUGGGCAACGGUACAUUGGACAUCAAGAAAGUAAUGAAACAGUCAGCGAGUUCGUUUGGCCGGCACAAAGAAACGUCUCGGUCGCAUCUACGAUUUUCAGAUUCAUCGAGCGAGCAAAGUGAGGACAGAAGAGAAAGCAAGCGUAAAAAAAGAAAGACAAAGAAGAAGAAAGACGAUGGUUAUGAACGGGAAGACGGCCGAAGGCUGCAAGAAUUUUUCAGCAACAGUUCAAGAGAAUCCACGCCACCCGUCUCUCGGAGAGAUCGUCCUGAACGAGCGUCCGGCAAACGAAAUUGGCAAGCGAUAAAUGAUUCGAUACCACAACCCACACGGUCAGGCACCUUGAAUAUCGGGGACCGAUUAGGCAAUCGACAGAGAUACGGAAAUAAUUACGAAGCGAAUUUUCCCCGCCGAGAAGCUAGCCAAGUCCCCAAGCCAACUUCAAGUGGCGUGAUCUCUUUACCAGAUAUAUCAACUCAGGCCACAAGAAGAGGACCCCGCUAUAACGGAGGUUAUCAAGGAGCACGGCGGUAAAAGAAAAAAGAAAUUCCAUCACAUGUCUCCUGUCCGUGCUUAUGCUUUAAUCGAGGGCCCUUUUUUUUUAUUCUUUUGGACUGCCG